UUUAAUUGAUAGCGUGAAGUUGUGUUCUGCGGUCAUAUCCGGUUGCAUUUGACAACUUUUAUUUUUCGAAACACAUUCCAACCACUUCACUGCAAUCAUGUCUCGUUCGGCUGGUACUCUGAUUACAACACACAAUUCUACAUUCAUUCCUCCUCGGUUUAUGCCUGGAUAUAGAGGUCACUGUCCAACGACCAAGUACGACUAUGGUGAGACCUAUGGCAAUGCAACAAACAAAUAUUUCCAAGACUAUCGGUCUGAGGUAUUGAAUGCCUCCCAUGAUCCGUAUGCUCGUGGCGGUGAGUUUCCCACAUACUACACACACAGACCAGAGUCAGUGAUAAGUGCCCGUGGCAGAACACGAGACAGGUGGCUCGCAGCUCCAAAAUACAACCUUUCCAAUGUGGACUUUGACAGAAAGGAAGAGCUGAAAUCCUUUGAUACUCUUGGUCAAAAGCACAGAGAGUUUUAUUUUGACAAAAGUGGUACAAAGAAGAGCGUAAAUUAUUUCAUGAUCCCCAGUUCUGCUGAAGAUCAAAUUAAGCGAAAAGCUCAGUUCAUGAUCCUGGCUACGCGACACACCGAUGACAUCAAUCUACCAUACCUGGACCAUGAGGCGCGCAGAUUCCCGCUGUUAAAACGCGUUUCCUCCAGCUCAUCACAACGCGAUCGCGAGAUGAGGGAUGUGUAUUUUGAGAAGCGAUAAUCACUGAGAACAUUUAGCCUUUUUUACAUUUUCUUUUUUUUAAUUUAAAAAAAAAUUUGUUUACAUUGGGACUGUUCAUUGAGAACAUUUUAGCUGACUGAAGUGACUCUUUGUUAUAAAAAACAAACAAACUCUUUUUACAAUUAAUUAACAUUUGGACUGUGGUAUACUUUUGCUGCUUUCUGGAAUAUAUUUUUUAAAGCUAUUCUUUCUCCCUUUGUUUUUUACUAAUUGAAACAAGAUCACAAGAUCGGCGAUGUUUAUUUUGUGAAGCUAUAAUCACAUGGAACAUUUAGCUGAAGGAAAUCACCCUUUUUACUUUUUUUCAUAGUCCUUUUUUUACAAUUUGUUUUAUUUCUACUGUUAUAUACUUUUGUUUUUGAGAAGGAAUAAUCACAGAUAACAUUUCAGCUGACUUGUAUCACUAUUUUUUACAUUUGUCUUUUUAUUAUUCGUUUACAUUUGGACUAUGAUAAUUAUAGUUUUGUUGUUAGCUAUAAUAUAUUUUUUUAAGUUUUUAUUUUUCCGUGUGUUGUUUACUGCAGCAAAAUUUCAAUAGUUUUAUUUUUUCUUGUUUGUUGAUUAUUUCAUUUAUUGUUAACUAGAAUAGAAUUUUUGGCAGUGUGACUUGUUGGCACUUUUUUUACAUUGUAAGGAUUUUCAUGGUUGUUUAAGUUUACCUAAGUGUUACUACAUCAUCAUGAUAAUUAUGCAUCACUUUUUAAAAGUUUAGUAAAAUUAGAAACAAAUUAAAUUUUAUCAACCUUUGAAUAUUAUUUUGUAUGAAUUUGACAUUAAUCAUUGUCAUUGGCAUUUUUUUGUUAUCAUUUGAUGAAAAUAAUAGUGGUUGGUAUUUAUAUUGUUGUUUUUAAUUUCUUGCAAAAUAUUAUUUCAUCAACAAUCAUACAAAUUGAAAUUACGUUGUUGUUUUUAAGAAUUAAAGAAAUCAUGAAGAUUCAAAAUAGUUUAUUAAAAGCUCGGAUGAAUGAUAUUUAAUAAUGAAUAAAGUAAAAAUGUAUGUUUUUACAUUAUUAAUUUGUAGUUAUGUAAUUCAUAUUUAUGUCUCCUUGUUUUGUUCUUGUUUUGACACUGCCUGCUCAUUGUUUACAAUUUGUUACCUCUUAUUGAUAGAAAACAAGAUCAUCAUAAAUGUGAAACAUCAAGCUUAUAAAUAUUUCCUUGACAGUUUAGAAAUUAUGCAAUUAUUCUCAGCAAAAUUUUAUCCUUCACUCCUCUUUUGUCCGCCAUGGCAGAUUAUUUUUUGAAAUUUUUUAUUACAGAAAACCUAUGUGUUGUUGCAAUAAUUUUGCUGUGAAAUAAUCUGAAAAAUUAUUUCAUAACCCUUAGUAAAAUAGAUAGCAAUUUAAGAAUUGUUAACUAUGUCCAUAAAUCAUUCAAGCUUUCUCUUUGUUCACUUUUUCGCAAUACCCUGCCUCUGUUUAAUGCCUAGAUCUUUUCUUAUAGGUUAUAUCCAGGUUUCUACCUUGCUUGCCUACAUUGAAAUGUAUUGUUUGUGUGUGUUAUGUCUUGUUUUCCAGCUCUGUGAUAUUUCUGUUUUGUACAAGUUUUAUUAUCAUGUUUGCUCAACAUCAUUCAGUUGCAUGAUUUUUUUAUCUUAUUUCUUCUAUAAUUGUAGAAAUGAAACUUUAAGUCUAGAAAGCGUUUUUCGUCAAACAAAAUUUUAAUUUAAUAUUAUUUAUGUGUCAUUGUGUUUUUUUAGCACAUCCAAAAUAUUAUGUGAAGCCCUUUGGGAAUCUGUAAAACAGUAAUUGAAUAAAUAAUGUAUCAACUGAUACAAUUGUACUUAAAUUGGGCGAUUUUUAGAAUAAAUGUUUGCAUCAUUAUAUGUAUACACGAGUUUGCAUGCAUUAAACAUGAAACAGA